ACCGGCUGAUCGCUGGGCAGGCGAUGAACGACACACACACACCAACACACAUCAAGACAACCUGCUGGGUGGACACACACAAAAAGCGGUGCGGACGCCACACAUCAAGCCCUUUCUAACCGAACAGUGCAUUAUACUGGUGUAUUUUGGAGCUGGUCUUUGUCAGAAACGCCAAGUGACAGAUUCACGGACGGUAUCGCUGCAGGUUUCAGGACAAUAUGACUCUUGGGGAUGAGCUGACGAGAGCCGCAGCGACGGGAAGCACCGCGGCUGUGGAGGAUCUCCUGCGGGCAGGAGCUGAGGUUAACAGCGUGAACAGCUUAGGACACACCGCUCUGCAGGUCAUGAUGAUGGGCAGCUCUCCGAUCGCUCAGCUGUUACUGCGGCACGGAGCCGACCCCGCGGUGAGAGACCGGAGCACCGGGAGCUCCCCGCUGCAUGACGCGGCCCGAACCGGCUUUGUGGACACGGUGCGGCUGCUGGUGCAGAACCGGGCUGACCCGCAGGCCUUAGACAAUAAUAACAACCAACCCAUCGACCUGGCCUGGCAGCACGGACACACAGAGGUGGUGGAUUAUCUACAGUCUCUAAAACACUGAGUGACGCUUGGCAUUAAUGCUCUGAAAGGGGACUCUGGGAAACGGGGCCUGGAGGGCCUGCUGUCUGAAUCAUCCAUAGGAUGUUUUGCUGUAAAACGUUUUUGUUGUAUUUAUUCAUCAGAUGUAUUGCGUGUAUUAUUAUUAUUAUUAUUAUUAUUAUUAUUAUUAUUAUUAUCUUUUUUUUUGUUUUUACGAAUUCGAUGUUAAUAUGAGCCUGUUAUGAAAAAUCAAUGAAGUCAUCUUUUAGGCCAUAAUAUCUAAUAAUACACAAAUGGUUCAGAUUUAUCUUACGUUGUAUCAUGCAAAUAUUCCGAAUAGCCUAGCAAAUCUCCCUUUAUAAGGUGAGCAGUCUUCCUAAAAUAUUUGUUCAUGACAUUGAAUUUUAAAAUUAACAUAGUUGAUUUUCUUCUAAAACGAUAUGAUUUGAAUAACUAUUUAACCAAAGCCAUUCAAAAUGUUUUGCAUAUCCAACAUUAGUGUAACUAAAGCACUACAGUAUCUUUGUAGACUGGGAGUCACACUUCCUGUUUACAAUUGAUAUGCAGACCUCGCCUUUUAUGCUCUUAAAUAAAAUGUCAUUUGAAGUGUUUUACUAUAUUGAGCAGAUUCGAAGCAGAAGUAAUAUGGUAAUGUUGUCUAAAUUAUGGAUUACGGGGGGGGGGGGGGGGGGGGAGGUUACACAAAACAAAACAAAAUAAAGCUGUUCUUUUUUCUUUUAAACUGCAUUUGAAUUUAGUUUUAAAAUGUGUGAGAAAUGGCGAGACUUCAACAUUAGCUAGCUGACAUAUUUUUAAGGAAUAUUGUCAGACAGAUCAUAGCGAAGGUUUUUCCCGACUCUGCCUGGUAAAUAGGCUAUGACUCAUGACGGUUUGUCCUUAUGGGACCACACAGAAAACAUCACGGCUGAAUGAACAAUUCAUUCAUUUAUUUAACGUUUUUUUAUUCACACGUAGGCUACUAAACCAUACUUCUACAGGUUUUGAAAAUGAUGCUAUAAUUACUGAAGAUAGUGAACUUAAAGCAUAUUGGAUUUUUGUAUUUUACGUCUAAAUGGGUCGCCGUUAUGCGUUAAUACGGUAUAAUGCAUUGUAUCCUUGCAUAAAGAACAAGCGACCGGAAAAGCAGGCGGUAAGCACAUGGAUGGGUAAACAUUAUACACAAACAUGACUCAUAUCGGCUGUAGCCAUAGACUGUAUACAUAAAGGUUUUGGCGAGUUAAACAUUAGUCUGUUUUAUGGCUUAUUGCAAAUUGGGGUUUGAUAACAGAAGUUCCCCAAACCAAACAGGCAUAAUGUCCAGGCAGCAUAGGUCCAUCAAUCAACCUUGUUUAGUCCGAUAUCAACUCUAACAUCCUGGGCAAUCCGUUUGUCAAACAGGAGGCUGUUUAAAGAUUUAAAUUAUUCAGAAAACCUUUGGCAAAUAUGAUGCUAGACCGGAAUUUCCAGGCCGAUCUCUCAAUGCAGGAGGAUAUUAAUGCACAAUUACAUCAUAUUUUAAAUGUUUUCAUAUUUACCUUUCUUCAGCCAAGAAUGAAUAAAACCUGCAAAUCUUAAAUGCAAAUGAUGCGAUGCAUUUAAUUAAGAUUUGAAUGUUUUGCUAACAAAGUGAAGAGUUCAUUUUUUAUUUACCAGUGUUGUGCUGAAUAAUGCAUUCAUUUUGUAUAGACAAGCGAAUAAAGAGUAAACACAAAAGUUA